AGAAUCCCAUAUUCCAAGGAACUAAAUUCAGGAUAUACCAUUAUCCCCUUCAAAUACUCUUCAUAUUUCGACUAGUAUAUAUUUUCCUUUAUUGGUUAAUUGGUUUUAUACCUAAAAUUUUAAGGCAUAUUCCCAAACUUAUUCUUUCAUCAAAUCACCCAUUUAACUAACCACUAACUAGUAUCUACCCAAUCAAUUUAUAACCCUUGGAUUUCAUUUCCCCAUCUCAUCCAACGAUCUUGAUUCUUGCUUGCUUUACAAGUACGCUAAUACCAUUUAGCCCGAAACUAUAAAUACCCAACUACACAUCUAGGCUUAACAUAACCAAAUUUUAAUUAUCAUUUAAAAAAAUUAAAAUACCCUAAUUUUCUUUGCAAGCUUGAAAAAAUGUCAGCAAUGGAAGGAAUAAUGGUGGUUUUCGACUUUGAUAAGACGAUAAUCGAAUGUGAUAGUGAUAAUUGGGUUGUCGAUGAAUUGGGUUUUACCGAUCGUUACGAUCAGCUUUUGAAUACCAUGCCUUGGAAUACUAUGAUGGAUAAGUUGAUGAAAGAAAUAUAUGAACGAGGAAAUACGAUCAAUGAUAUUGUGGAAGUCUUGAAACGAGUUCCUAUUCAUUCUCGCAUUAUUCCAGCCAUCCAAGCUGCCCAUGCUGCAGGGUGUGAUUUGAGGAUUGUAAGUGAUGCAAAUGUGUUCUUCAUAGAGACUAUAUUGGAUCAUCUUGGGUUGAGAAAGUAUUUCUCAGACAUUAAUACAAAUCCAGGUUAUGUUGAUGAAGAAGGGAGGUUAAGGAUAUUGCCUAUUCAUGAUUUCACCAAAUCUCCUCAUGGAUGUACCAAUCCUUGUCCUCCAAACAUGUGCAAGGGACUAGUGAUAAAAAGGUUACAAUGUGAGAAUCCAAACAAAAAGAUAAUCUAUUUAGGAGAUGGAGUAGGAGAUUAUUGUCCUUCCUUAAGGUUAAAAGAAGGUGAUCAUGUUAUGCCAAGGAAGAACUAUCCAGUUUAUGAUUUGAUCACAAGCAAUCCAGAACUCAUCACAGCCAAGAUCCAUGAAUGGGUCGAUGGUGGUGAUCUUGAACAAGUUUUAUUGUCACUCAUUCAAGCUAUAAUGUCUAUUAAUGGAGAUGAUCACCAUGAUGUUGAUGAACAAUUCGUCAGCAUUGAUUUCACCAAACUCAAGACUUUGCCCAAUAUUACUUCGUUGCCCAAAGCUCUAUGUGUAACUUUUUAGACAUUUUAUGUCUACUACUUUAUUUUCAAUAUUUUAAUAGUGUGUAAUACCUAAAAAAACACCCCUAAAAGGAGGGGUAGGGGUAAAUUUAUGCGAUUUUUAAAUAAAUUAAUUUUGGUUUAAUAUGAAA